UGCAAAACUGACAUUGUGACAUUUGUGUGUAAAAAAUUAUGAAGUGAGGGACCGAGCUCGAGCUGUUUAUUAUUUACAUUCCAUAUAAUCCGAUUAUCGUAACCAUUAUCUGUGUGUACAAGAAAUUUCGUAAUCUUGAACAUUGGCAACGUACAACGUAACAUCUACAAUGGAAGUGGAUCAGUUCGCGAGUGAUUGGAGCUUCACCGGCGAAGGGUCGCGGCUGCCGCUCAUUGACGAAUCCACGGCUCUAGGAACUCAAGCUCCAAAAGACAGGCUCAUAGCGGUGCUGGACCAGGUGGAGAUGCGCGUGGAGCGUCUCCGACGAGACACAGUGCGCAUUGAGGAGGAGCGUGACUCCCUGCUCUCCACAUUGGACAGUGUCAAGCACUCGGAACUGCUGGCAGAAGUCUCGGAAUGUGACAGAGAUGACAUCUCGCGGUACGCGGAGCGUAUACUGGCGCGGGCGCAGACGGUGGAGGUGUGCGUGCGCACGGACCGCGACCCGCAGCAGGAGGAGGCUCUGCACCAGGUAAACAUGUACAUCGACCAGCUAGUAGUGUCAGUGCAAGACGACGCGUGCACCGCGCACGCGCGUUGUCAGGCCUACAUGGCGGCCUGCUCCAGCGCCGCGGACUCCGCCGCCACCGACAAGAACUUCGAGACAGCCAUCCUGGGCUGCACGCUCGACGACCAGAAGCGCGUCAAGAAGCGCCUCCAGGGUCUGAUGGACUACUUCGCUAAGAAGAAUGUUACCUCGUGCUCGUGAGCUUGUGAUUGUGUGGUUGGCACUGCUGGACGUUAGUGAGUUUUGUUAAAAAAAUCGUACCGGAAAAGCUGUUAAGCCUUUAAAAGGCAGAGGGAAGUUUCCCACCUGAUUUGACCUUUAUUUCAAAGUCAUAGUGUUCAAUUUUGUAUAAUUUCUGAGACCCUUAUGCCUUAUAAAGGAUUGGUUUUGUCUAGCGUUCACAGAUACUGGGACAGACUUUCACGUGGGCACUGUUAAUUAUUUACCUAGAAACUUAGAGCAUUUAAUAACUGGAGUCGCAUUUAAGAGCUUGAGUCGCCUUUAAAAGCUUACCCCUCUGCCGAAAAACUUGCACAAUUGUGCAA